AUCCUCGCUCGAUCUAAUCUCAAGUAGCAACUACUGAUCCAGUGUCGCUCAACGAGAAUAGAGCCCUGCGAUUGAAAGAGCCUGCAUCGCUGGCUCUCUCCGCUGGAAACUCUGGUAGCUACGUGGACCCAGAUGGCACCGCCAUCGUGAUGUCCUCCGAGCUGCUUCCUGCACCCACUCCGGAUCCAAGGGUGACGUGGAACUACUUCGACGAGCAGGGGUAUGUUUCGAGAGGAGGACUGCGAGCAGGAGAGGAUCCAUAUGCUAGGAAUAAAUUCAAUCAGGAAGCCUCCGAUGGACUUCCCAGCAAUCGCGAUAUUCCUGAUACACGCAGUGCAAUGUGUCGAAUGAAACAAUGGAGAAGAGACUUGCCGCCAACGUCCGUGAUAAUCACGUUUCACAACGAGGCGCGAUCGACGCUGCUCAGAACGGUCGUCAGCGUUCUGAACAGAAGUCCAGAGCACCUGAUAAAGGAGAUUAUAUUGGUGGAUGACUUCAGUGAUCAUCCGGAGGACGGUGAAGAGCUAUCGAGGAUACACAAAGUGCGAGUGAUACGCAACGAAAAGAGGGAGGGCUUGAUGAGGUCGAGGGUGCGAGGCGCGGAUGCAGCAACCGCCAGCGUGUUAACGUUCCUUGACUCGCAUUGUGAAUGCAACGCCGACUGGCUGGAGCCGCUUUUAGAGAGGGUGGCUGAGGAUCCUACGAGGGUCGUCUGCCCCGUCAUUGACGUCAUAAGCAUGGACACUUUCCAAUAUAUCGGCGCGUCGGCCGAUCUAAGAGGUGGUUUCGACUGGAGCCUGGUCUUCAAGUGGGAAUACCUGAGCCAAACGGAAAGGCAAGCGAGGCAAAAGGACCCUACGCAGGCGAUUAGAACGCCAAUGAUCGCCGGUGGUCUCUUCGUAAUCAACAAAGCGUACUUCGAGAAACUGGGCAAAUACGACACUCAGAUGGACGUAUGGGGCGGCGAGAAUCUCGAGAUAUCGUUCCGUGUGUGGCAGUGCGGCGGUAGCCUGGAGAUUAUUCCGUGUUCGCGCGUCGGCCACGUGUUUCGAAAACGUCACCCGUACUCGUUCCCCGGAGGCAGCGGGAACGUUUUCGCCCGGAACACCAGACGAGCCGCCGAGGUGUGGAUGGACGAUUACAAACAGUUCUACUACAACGCGGUACCUCUGGCGCGCAACAUACCCUACGGAAAUAUUCAAGACAGGAUGGAGCUGAAGCGGAAAUUGCAUUGCAAGCCCUUCAGCUGGUAUCUGAAAAACGUAUAUCCCGAGCUGGUUAUACCGACGAGCGAGGGUGGCCCCGGUGGAUCGUUGAAACAGGGUACAGCAUGUCUGGACAGUAUGGGCCACCUUCUCGAUGGGAACGUGGGUCUUUACCCGUGUCACGACACCGGUGGUAACCAAGAAUGGGGCCUGACGAAGGACGGUCUCAUCAAGCACCACGAUCUCUGCCUAACGCUGCCGGUGUACGCGAAAGGCACGACGCUGUUAAUGCAAAUCUGCGACGGUAGCGAGAACCAGAAAUGGAGGCACCUGGAGGGUGGCCUGAUCCGCCAUUCGAGGAUCCCGGUGUGCGUGGACUCGAGAUAUCACGCGCAAAGGGGCAUCACCGCGGAGAAAUGCGACUCAAACGCCGAGACGCAAAGGUGGCAUCUUUACAAUAACAAUCACUAGCUCCCAAGGACCACCAGUGUCUCGUGAAGACCGCGGUGUCGUCGUCACUCACGAAGGACCGAGCGAGUGCGGUAUCUGAUCAGAAGAGGGAGGGUCGAUCUAAUCAGGGAGAGCGAUCUGAUCGAUCCGAGAUCGAGGCUGCUCAAUCGAACCCGACGAUGAUUUACAUCGGGGGUUUCGCUGCUCCGUGAGAAAGAAAGGAGAAGACCUUGACGAAGCGCGAACGCGAAGAACUAUCUAAAUCAGAAGGGUGAUAUAUCGGUCCGAUGUACUCGUAGAUAUAAUGAGACUGUUUGGAGGAAUGUUUGAAAUUGGAAUUGAAUUCCUGUAUUUUGAGGUUUCACGACGGAGAAACAGGUUGUCUUUUUUUUUUUUUUGUUUCACUUUGAGUAGAAAGUGAUACGAAAGUUUGACAAGUUCACAAGUAUGAGGAAUUGAUUUUGUGAUUAAUGGACUGCGGAUGUUUAUGCGUCCUUGAGAAAUGUAAGGAAAUUUAUACAUAUACAUAUAUAUUAAGUAAUGAUUCUUUGAAAGAAAGUUUUUUAAAAUAAAUAUUAAUUACAGCUAAAAAUUGUGAAAUUGCACGAAUAUCCGCAGCCUAGCAAUGAACAAAGACUACGUCUAGGCUUUUCUUUUUUUUAUAUAUAUAUUUUAAUUGAUCAGUGUUACGUAAAACGAGAGUUUGUCCUAGUCGACGAACGGUUCAUUUCGAAGGGCUGUUUCAUUCCGGUGCACUUACGUUAACUUCGAUGAUCUCAAGUGGAAUCAUUUCUGAAACUACACUGCGCGUAGAACGAAAACGAAAAUGUUACAACCACGUAAUUUUAAGCGAACUCUCGACUCGUUUACCCCGUUUGAAUAUCGUUUAAACAAACAUCGAAACGUUCACAAAUUCUCAUUCGAUCGACGCGCGAUUUAUUGUUAACGACUGAUUCAUCAGCAUUGUCCCCGCAAGAGUGAAACGAAAAUAAUGAAAAGAAACGAAAUUGUAGCUUUUUAUCAAUUCCCCUAUUUCCAUGGCCUUAAACAGCGAAUAAAAAGGCAAAUAUGCUAUUUCCAGAUCGACCAUUAAUUUUUUAGCACACGAUACACACACACGUACAUAAACACACGCAUGAUAUGGCGCGUCGAUAUCGAUUUGUGUCCCCGAUCGAGCUAUAGAUCGCGAGGCGAAUCGGGUGCUUCUCGAUCCAAAGACAUGCUACCAUUCUCACAAAGAGAUUUAUUUUUCUAU